AUGGCGCAGGAAGUGGUUCUUGAAACAACUAUGGGUUCUAUAACAGUCGAGCUGUAUACAGAACAUGCCCCUAAGACCUGCAAGAAUUUUUCGACGUUAGCACAACGAGGAUACUAUAAUAAUGUCAUAUUCCACCGUAUAAUUCCCAAUUUCAUGGUCCAGACGGGUGACCCUACCGGAACAGGCAGAGGCGGAAGUUCGAUCUUCGGUGAAAAAUUCGAAGACGAAAUAAAUCCUUCACUUAAACACACUGGAGCUGGAGUGCUGAGCAUGGCGAACAGUGGCCCAAACACGAAUGGCAGCCAGUUUUUCAUUACUUUGGCACCAACGCCGUGGUUGGAUGGGAAACAUACAAUAUUUGGACGGGUGAAGAGCGGGAUGAGAGUUGUGCAGAGGAUGGGCCUUGUAAAAACAGGAGCUGAGGACCGGCCGGUGGACCAGGUCAAGAUAAUGAGGGCUCGUCCUGUUGAAACUGAAGAUGAGUGA